UCGAUCGCUAUUGGCUUGAGAAUUAUGGGAAACGCCACUAGGCUAUGUUGUAAUAAAUAUUGUAAGAUUUUUAACUGUUAAAAAGCUCAUAAUUCGAAAUAUUUCGUCAACUUUGAAAGAGUUUCGAAUUUACGUUGCCAAGAAUUGUUUUAGAGUUAAUUUUCUGAAAAUAAGAAUCCCGCGAAAAAAUUUGUACGACCAUCACCGUUUGUAAACAUAACAUAAAUUUCCUAAAUAGGUUUUCGGCACUGAUCAGAAAUGCGUGAUCGUGAUUAAAUACUUUAAAAUAAUUAAAUCUGGUAGCAGUUAUAAUAUAGGCACCGUCUUUUCUGUUGAGAAUAACGUAUCAAGAUUUGUUACUUUGGAUAUGGUGAUUAUUGCCCAUAUUCAUCCAUUUAACAAAUUCAUGAAAUGUUAAACCUCUUGUCUGUUUGUAUUUGGCAACUAUCUAAUCUAUCAAUAUGUUUAACAAUCUUUGGGAGAAGAAAGCAGAUGUGAACUGUAUAUUGGAUAGACCAGAAUUUAACAAUGUGUAGAUUAUUUCUUUGUGACGAAAUUGAGUUUUAUAUUAAACAGUUACUAACUGCUUGGUAUAUUCUAAGAAAGAUAAAGAAAUGAAUGGGGUGAGGCCAGUACAUGCUGACCUAUCUGAAAAAAGGAAACGGAACUACAAAUUAAUUGUUGAUCCUCUUUUAGUGAAAGGGAAAGGGACAGAAAAAAUUUAUAGAUAUGAUGGCAUUGUACCAGGACUGGAAAAGUACUAUCCACCCAUACAAGUCAGAGAUCCUCGCUCAAGACUUUCCACUCUUUGGGCCAAGUCUGAGCCUGCUGACCUUAUUGUUCCUCGAUUUAAGAUUGAUGAAAACUAUGUUGGCAUUCCUCCGCCAGUACAAGUCACGAUUAAAAAUUUAAAUGAUAAUAUCAACAAGCAAUUCCUGGACGACAUGUUAAAGAAAUAUGGGGAAGUGGAACAGUCUCAAAUAUACUAUCAUCCCAGAACUCGAAAGCAUCUUAGACUUGCUCAUGUGACUUUUAAAACCAUUCAUGCUGCCAGAACCUGUGUUGAUAAAUUAAAUAGAAGUACUGUCAUGGGAGAUGUAUUGAACGUGUAUUUAGACCCAUUUGGAAGAGACUGUAUGACUAUCUAUGAAGAAAUUGUUUCUGGCAGGAUCAGAACUAGUUCAGUGGGCGAAGAGCCUCAUGUUAAUAUUUGUGACCCUAGGAGGAGGUUGCCAUCAUUUGACAAGAGUAAUGAAAAUAUUUUAAACAGAACUAUUAGAGAUCCUUCUCGAUUAUAUAAUACAGACCAACUAACUCCAUUAGGUUCUGACUAUGGAUAUGGUUCUGAAAGUUUACUUAGCAGCCGAAUGUCUGAUAGAAGUAUGAGUGUGCAGUCAGACAUAAACUAUCCAUCUAUGCAUUCAACACCUAGUCAGUUGAGUUAUGAUUCUGGAUUUGGUUAUAAAUAUGGUGUUCAAAAUUCUGUGUGCCAGAACAAACCACCGACCCCAGUCCCCAGCGCUGCGAUAAAAAAUAAUGCUUGGGACAAGAUACCUACAGCUCCAUGGGGAGAAGCAUCUUCUCCUUGGGAGGGCAAUAACUCUCCUAGCUGGGAUAGUCGAAGUACAAAAAGACAUAUUACACCACCUACAACCCCUGUAACUGUGCCAAAACAGAGUCCUAUACGAGAGAGUUUAGAUACAAGAAUUGAGCUUCUACUGAAGCAAAGUGAAGGAAAGGCUGGUUUCUUGGGGCUUGGUGCUGUGUCUGCACAGUUAAAUGAUGUAUCUAUCAGCUCAGAUUCAGCUAAAAAUGAUAAAUCGUCAAUGCAACCUCCUGUACCACCUUGGGUGCAUGAAGCUCCUCCAUUACCUCCUGAUUCUUCACCUUUACCCCCACUUCCUGAAACUGAUGAGCCACCUCCUCCUCCUCCAGAAGAAAUUGAAGUUGUUCUUCUGUCUACACCACCAUCACCUUUCCUUAGUUUUUCUCAAUAUCAUAAAUGGGCUAUUGUCACUGCUGAUAUUGAUUCUGGGAAAGUAACAUCUCUUGAAGAUAUAGUAAUCCGUGAUGAUGCACUUCUGGAGCAUCCUAUAUCUUUGAAAGGAGUUCGCCUAUCUGGUAUUAAUUUAAAAGCAGAUAGUUUAACAACAGAAAAACCAGAUGAGUCUCCUAUUUUACAAGAUAAAGGUGAUUCAACUCCAGUGAGAGAUGAGUUACCAAUAGAGGAGGAGGAGGAAGAGGAAGAUGAUGACAAAAUGUCUUUGUCACCCAUCAGUGAUGGCGAAAACAAAUUAGAAUUGCAUAUUCCAACUAUAAUUGAUGGAUCUGUUCAGGGUCCUCCAGUACAAAAACCAAUGAAUUCUGUACAUACUUCUUCUUCUGAAGCAAAUUAUAAUACUUUGUAUUCAUCUCAAAAUGGCCCAAAUUUAUAUGGAGUGACCGAAUCAGCAGCACCAACAUACCCUAAUUAUGGGAGUACAGGAUCUGCUACUUAUCCUGGAGCACCUGCUAAUACUUCUAUUUAUUCUACAACUCAAAGAACAUUUCCAUCUCAAAGCGUGUUUACAACUCCACCACCACCAAUUCCGAGGGCUCCACCUCCUGGAGCACCAUGUCCUCCGGUUCCUGGAGCUCCACCACCUCCAGUACCAGGAGCUCCACCACCUCCUGUACCAGGAAUUCCUCCUCCACCAGUUCCUGGGGCUCCACCACCUCCCCCUGGUGCUGGAACUGCAGCACCUUCAGUAGCAAAUGUACCACCACCUCCGCCUUUACCUUUUCUCAGUGGCCAAAGUCAAUCAAGUUCUCAGGCUGCACCAACAAGUCAUCCAAUGUAUCCAAGUGAGCAAGUACAACUUAUGGCACGCAUGGGUAUUUGGAAACCUGGCAUGGGUUCUGGCAUGACUGCUUCGUCAUCUACUUUCAGUUCAGGUUACACUCAAACGUCAUAUCCUCCUCGUGAGAAUUAUUUUAGUCAAGCACAAACCACACCUGCUGCUACACCAAGACCAGCAUUUCCUCUAUCUUCUGUGCCUUUGCCACCACCUUCUAAAAUAGCCGAAAUGGUAAUGAGGCCCCCACCUGGUUAUCCCAUAGUUUUACCACCACCCCAUAUUCCGCCACCGUUUUCUACUGCUUUUCCACCACCACCUAUUAGAGUUACAGAUCCCCAUGCACCAACAAUUAGUGGUGUUUUGGCUUCUGUAAUUAAAGAAAUGAAACAAGUGAUGAAAAAAGAUAUUAGCAAAAAGAUGGUGGAAGCAACUGCUUUCAAACGAUUUGAACAGUGGUGGGAUGAACAAGUACAUCAAGAAAAGCUUAAAAGUGCUGGUGAUGCACCUGUGAAAACACCUGAAAAAACACAACCUCCUGCAUUUUCUCCUCUCUCUGCUCUAUUUGAUAAAGACCGUUCUUCAUUUGGUUUUGGCAUGGAAAGCACAGGUAUUGGCCUUGGUUUGAGAGCUACAAUGCCUAGAAUGCCAUCAUUCAGGAGGAAAAUAAUAAAAGCACCAUCUCCACCUCCAUUGGAUGAUGAGGACAGUAAAAAGGCAGAAGAAUCAGAUACUGAAAAGGUUAAAUCGGAUUCUGAUGAAGAGAGUUCUGUUGUUGUAAAACGACGACGUGUUGUCUUUUCAUCAGAUGAAGAGGAUGAAGAUCAAGAUCAAAGUUCACAAGAAAGUGAAAGUGAAAAAGGCGAUUCAGAUGAGGAAUCCAGUUCUGCUGAAGAGAGCUCAGAUUCUGAAAGUGUUUCUGAUGAAUCUGAAUUUGCUUCUGAUGAAAGUGAAGAAGAAUCUAAUGAUGAGGAAGUUGCAGAGCCUAUUGCCACUGAUGAUGACAGUUUAAGUGUUCAAAAACUCUCUAGUCCAAUCAAGAAAGACAAAACAGAAAUUGAGUCAUUGGAUUCUGAAGCCAUUAGCAAAGUGGAAGCAGAAACUGACAAAAAGAAAACAUCAUUUACAGGCCUUUUGGAUGAAUCGAAGUCUAGGGAAAUUGGAGACAGUUAUUCAAGUAAUGAUGAAGCAUUCUCUGAGAUUGCCAGUACACCAAUUGCUUCUCAAGAUACAGAACAAGAAAAAAUGGAAGUCAGUGACGAUCUUGACGAUAUUUCUGAAGGUGAACUUCCACCAAGUGAUAAGGAGGAGAUGGAAGAAAGCAAAGAAUCUGAGGAUAUUGAAGAAAAGGAAUCUGAAGAUAUGGAAGAAGAUCGGGAAUCUGACCUAGAAGAGAAGGAUCAGGCUAUCGAAAAAACAAUUCUAAAGGAUAAGGAAUCUCUAACAGUAGUUUCAAAGAUGGACGAGGCUGAAAUGGUUGUAGAUGAAUCCAUGGACACAAGUUCUUUGAAACCUCUUAUAUCAGAACAAAUACAAGAACCAAGUCCUGAAUCCAGGGCCAAGGAAGCAUCAGAAUGCUUGAUGGAAUUGGCUUCAAUUUUUGCUGAUUUUGGACGCCAGGCAUAUGUUGAACCUGUUACAGAACCUAAAGAGGCAAGUAAUGAAGCUAAAAGUGAUCUAUCUGAAAUCAGUGCUAAACAAACGAUUAAAACUCCUGAUAAAUUAAUGAAUGGAGAAAUUGAUAUUGAUUCUGAAGCUACAUUAUCAGCUGAUGAAACGGCUGAUGCUUUAGCAGAACUUGAGGAAGAAUAUUCUUGUCGGAAAAUAUAUAAUAGUGCUGCUAGCCAGUUGAUUGCAGAACAUAGCUAUUGCUUGCCUCAACCUACCAAACCUAGUGAACCAAUUCAUAAACCAGUCCAUGAACAGAAACUUACUUCUGUAGAUUCUGUGAUAGAUUCAGUUGUUCGUGGUCCAAAACAGCAGUUAGUUGUAGACCAUGAAUAUACUAAACCACGGGCUGUAACACCACCUUUUGUCAAGCCUAUAUCGCCUGUGAAAGUUCCUUCACCAAAGAAAGAAAUAAAGAAAACUAAAGUAAAAAGAAAACGGCAUUCAAGUAUCAAAAACAUUCAAGAAGUGAAAUUAGAAAUCAAACCACCAGAAACUACAUAUAUAAGGCCUCCUGAACCACAGUCUUAUUCAGGCCCCAUUUUUGAAAAACGAUCAGUUAUUGAUGAAAUGAUUGUCUUAUAUGGAUUUUUGAAAAAUGGCUUAGACCAAGAAGAUAUAAAUUAUCUACAAAAAAGUUAUGAUGCAUUACUGCAAGAUGAUGCUCAAGGCUUCUGGUUAAAUGAUACACAUUGGGUCGACUAUCCAGCUCCUGUGCCAUCUCCGCCAAAGAAGAAGAAGAAAGAUGAAGGGAUGCGCACUCAUUUAUCAGGCUGUGCCAGGUGUGAAGGCUACUAUAAAAUUGAUGAUAAAGAGAAGGCUGUAUAUAAUCAUGGUGCAAUAUCUAGCUUGGAUAAUGAUGGAGAGGAUCCAGCUAAUAAAGCUAAAACAACAGCUCAAUCCAAUCGAGAGGCACGAUCAAAUCAGAGGAGGUUACUCACAUCUUUUGGAGAGGCUGAUUUUACAAGUGACUUAUUGAAAUUCAAUCAGCUGAAGUUCCGAAAGAAGCAAUUGAAGUUUGCUAGAAGCAGAAUUCAUGACUGGGGGCUUUUUGCCUUGGAACCAAUUGCAGCAGAUGAAAUGGUUAUUGAAUAUGUGGGACAAAUGGUCCGACCUUUAGUAGCUGAUAUGCGAGAGAAGAAAUACACUUCAUUAGGGGUUGGAAGCUCCUAUCUGUUUAAAGUUGAUGUAGAUGGUAUCAUUGAUGCUACUAGAUGUGGAAAUUUGGCCAGGUUCAUAAAUCAUAGUUGUAAUCCCAACUGCUAUGCAAAGAUCAUCACAGUGGAAGGCUUAAAGAAGAUAGUUAUUUAUUCAAAACAACCUAUAAAUGUGAAUGAAGAAAUCACUUAUGACUAUAAAUUCCCUAUAGAAGAAGAAAAAAUAAUAUGUUUAUGUGGUGCACCUCAAUGCAGAGGAACGCUCAAUUAAUAGUCUACAGUCGCAUAGCUGUGGAAAUGUACCUUCAUGUGAUAUCAAGUCAAAGGAAUCAGCAGUUGGAUACUGCGAUUAAUUUCAUUAAAAUUUGCCAUUCAUCAACAGAAUUGUAUAGAAAAACCCUGUUUUAUUCAUUAAACAUCAAGUUAUCAUAUUUUUGAAGUGUACAGAGAAAAGAACAAUUUUUAUAUGUGCUGUAAUGUUCAAGGUAAGCACACAAAUUAAUAUAUCACACCAUGCAAAAUUCUUCAAAUAUUGCAAUGUUAAAUGAACUGAAAUAUAAAGAUUAUGUUGAUUUUUCUAAAGUUGUUCUGGUUGAAAGAAUCUUUUGUGCCUUUACAUUAAGUAUCAGAUCUCACAUUAAUUGCCUUUCAAUCAAUUGAAACUAAACUUGUAAAUUUGAAAUUUAAAAAAUGCCAUAGUAAUUAGAUUCUAGUAUAACUACUUUCUUAAAAGUAGAAAUUUUAUUUAGUUUCGACUAGUGUUAUUUUGUAUGCUCUAAAAAUUACUGCGAGAUCGAAAAAGAGAAAAAAAAAUACAGUUAAAAGAGUGUGGUGUAAAUGUAAUCCUCUUUUUCUGUUGGGGGGGGGGGGAGGUACAGAUAUAUUCUUUUCUUUUUGUGAAAAGAUUUCUUCAUUCCAGUGUUACUAAGUAUUUUUUAAAAAGAAAAAUGUAUAUAGGAAUGUUUGUUUUUCUAUACAUAAAUUUUGAUUUAAAGGUACUGAAAUUUUAUAUUCUAUAAAAGUUACCUUAAUCUCUAAAAAAACUUAAUUUUAAAUCAUAAAAAUUAAAAUUUGAAAUGUUAAUGUAUGUAUAAAGAUAGUGUAAAGUGAAACCUAGAUGUGAAGUAAUUCAUAUUGGAGAUACUUUCAGCCUGCUCAACUGUUAUGAGAAUCAACAUAACCCAAGUUUAGAUAUUCUUUAUUAUUUGCAGAAUUUAUUGUAAGAUGAAUUUUAUUGACCUUUUGUAUAUUCUCUAUAAUUUAUAAAUUAUUUUUUCCUCUUUCGACAUAAUUCAUUUUGACUAAGUAUUUGUUGCACUAUUAAAAAAAUUUUAAAUUAAAAAGGAAAAAAAAAAUCUUCAUAAUUAUUUUGUUAUGACAGAUUAUUUCUGUUUUUAUUCUUGUUGAAAACCAGAAAUGAAAUUUAUAUCUGAUUAAAUGCCUAAAUGGUUGUUAAAGCCUAUUGGUAUUGUUGUAAGUCUUUUCUGGUUAAAUGCAAGUUAUUGGCUAUAAAAUAUAAGUGAUUUUGUAAAUUAUUUUUGACAUAUAUUAUAUCUUAUUAAGUGUACAAAUAAAGUUUUAUUACUUUUUAGUUGAAAUUUAUUUUAUGAGACUUUAUUUUAUUGUAGUUGAGCACAAAGCUUUAUUUUGCAUUUUAUUCAUUUUUUCUGGUUGAGGCUAUAACUUCCCACUUUCUGCAUUUUAUGUUUUAAUUCACAAUUUUUGCUUUAUUGUAACAAAUAAAAAAAUCAGACAUUUAUUCUCUUAGAUUGUUAGAAACUCUUUAAAAGAAAUAAGCUCUGAAAACAUGCUAUUCAACUUGAGCUUUUUGAGACUUUGCAUAUUAUGCAGCUUUAUUAUAUUUUAAUUAACAAUACAGCCUACGUCUUUCUUGCAGUGUUUCUGUAAAUCUUUGUUUUGUAGUUAGCACUGUUGUUUUAUUUAAAUAUAUGAUGUGCAUAAAAUACUUUUGCUCUAGUUUAUGGUGGAAAAAAUAUCCAUUGGGAACAAAAAUGUGAUUAUGUUAUUGUACCUGACUUAUGUUAUUUAAAAUAAGUAAAUGUUUUGUUAUAUUUAUGACUUAUAAAUGUAUUUGAAAGUAAAGUCAAAUGAUAAACUUUACUUUGUACAAGUAAAGUUUAUCAUGAUGACUUACUGUGUUAGGUAAAACAUGUUUUGUUCGUUAAAUUAUCUAUACUUUUUCUACUUUCAAUUUUUAAACCAAUUUGCACUGACAACUUUCUUUGUUCACUUUUUUCUUUGUAACAAUAUUUAAAGUGGAUAAAAAAAUAAUCUAGUACUGAAUUUUGAAUCAGAGAUUUCUCUGCAUGCUGGGUUAUUCUAAAGAAAUUAUUUCAUUUACUUUAUAAUAAAGGAUAUCUAUUUAUACUACAUAUCUUAAAGACAAAAAAGGUAACUUUUUAGUUUUAAUACUAAUUAUGUUAUUAUAACUAUCAUUCCAAAGCUACAUAUCCUUGUUUCCUUCAUACUUAUGUAAUGGUGCAUUCAAUAAAAGUAAUAAAUAAUAGAUCUUGUACCGCUACAUAAAUUCUUAAAAUUAGCAAUUUGUUGAUAAUAUUUUAUAAUUUUUGUAUUUUAAAUUACAAUAAAUAUUUGGAAAUCUUAAGUUUAUUACAAAAUAUUUGGUUGAUAAUUUACUAUGAAAAAAAAAGUUCUUUAUUGCAUUUUUAUUUGUAUUUUUAUAUUAAAAAAAAAUUCUCAAAUGUUUUCAAUUUCUGAAAAUAGAAGUGAUCUUCAUUAUUUGUUAUUUAAUUUGCUGUAACCCUGUAUGUGGAUUUAUUAUACUUUUAUCUCUGACUUAUUUUCUUGUAAAAUUCCAGAUAUUUGUGAUAUUAGUUCUUUCACUAUUUUUCCUAUUCUGAUAAGAAAUUUAUUAUACCAAUGGAUUGUUUGAAACCGGUUUUUGCUUAAUUAUUAAUAAAUGCUUGCAAAAUUUAAGUUGAAAAUGUUUAUAUAUAAUGCAUAACAGCUAAUUAAUUUUCUUCUUUUUUCUUUCCCUGCCUUUAUGGUCAACCAAAAUAGAUUCUCAUCAGCUGCAUAAUGUAAAAAAAAUUACAAAUAGAUAUUUGAAAUGUAAGUUUGAUGCCUUGACAAACUCAUUGUACAUAACUUUCAUGGGAAAAAAAAUUUGUAAAUCAUUGAAGACCUGAAUUUCAUGAGCCAUUUUGCUCUGUAUUUGUAUUGUGUUGUAUUAUCAUCAAAAAUUGUAAAUGCAUCUGUUUCAAGAUAUUAAA